UCACCGACCCCGCGGAGAAGAAGGUGAGCAUACCCUCCGAACCGCCCUACCCAACCAACUGUCUGUGCUACUCAGAAGAUGUGGCAAUAUGAAACAACUCAUAUGCUGCAUAUUACGAGCAUUCGGCGCAGUUGGCGGGUUGGCUUUUUCGUCACUGAAUCACAUGCUGACCAACGCAGUACUUCGAGACUGAGAUGGACAACUUCUUCGCCCUCUUCCGACGAUACCUGAACGACAAGGCCAAGGGCAACGCCAUUGACUGGAACCGCAUUGCUCCCCCGAAGAAGGAGCAGGUCGUCGAUUACAAUGACCUCGCCAACUCGGAGGCGGUCGAGUACCUGAGCAAGUUGGCUGUUGUCAAGCUCAACGGUGGUCUUGGUACAUCUAUGGGUUGCGUUGGCCCCAAGUCGGUCAUCGAGGUCCGCGACGGCAUGUCUUUCCUCGACUUGGCUGUGCGCCAGAUCGAGUACCUCAACCGCACAUACGACGUCAACGUUCCCUUCGUCCUGAUGAACUCGUUCAACACCGACACCGAUACCGCGAGCAUCAUCAAGAAGUACGAGGGCCACAACAUCGACAUCCUCACCUUCAACCAGUCGAAAUACCCCCGUAUCUUGAAGGACUCGCUUCUGCCUGCCCCCAAGACUCGUGAGUCGGACAUUGCCAACUGGUACCCUCCCGGUCACGGUGACGUUUUCGAGUCUCUGUACAACACUGGCAUGCUCGACAAGCUCAUCGAGCGUGGCAUUGAGACCAUCUUCCUUUCCAACGCCGACAACUUGGGUGCUGUUGUCGAUCUCCGCAUCCUGCAGCACAUGGUUGACUCCAAGGCUGAGUACAUCAUGGAGUUGACCGACAAGACCAAGGCCGACGUCAAGGGUGGUACCAUCAUUGACUACGAGGGCUCUGUCCGUCUCCUCGAAAUCGCACAGGUUCCCAAGGAGCACGUCAACGAGUUCAAGUCGAUCAAGAAGUUCAAGUACUUCAACACCAACAACAUCUGGAUGAACGUCAAGGCCAUCAAGCGUGUUGUUGAGCAGAACGAGCUUGCCAUGGAGAUUAUCCCCAACGGCAAGUCCAUCCCUGCCGACAAGAAGGGUGAGGCCGACAUCUCCGUCCUCCAGCUCGAGACCGCCGUCGGUGCUGCCAUCAAGCACUUCAAGGGCGCCCACGGUGUCAACGUUCCCAGGAAGCGUUUCUUGCCCGUCAAGACCUGCUCUGACCUGAUGCUUGUCAAGUCGGAUCUGUACACUCUGCAGCACGGUCAGCUCAUGAUUGACCCCAACCGCUUCGGCCCCGCUCCCCUCAUCAAGCUCGGCAGCGACUUCAAGAAGGUUUCCAGCUUCCAGAACCGCAUCCCCUCCAUCCCCAAGAUCGUCGAGCUCGACCACCUGACCAUUACUGGCCCCGUCAACCUCGGUCGCGGUGUUACACUGAAGGGUACCGUCAUUAUUGUUGCCACAGAAGGCUCCACAAUCGACAUUCCCCCGGGUUCCAUCCUCGAGAACGUAGUCGUCCAGGGUUCGCUGAGGUUGCUUGAGCACUAGAUGGGAUUCGCGGCGUUGUUGAAGUUUGGUAGAUUCACGAUCACAUAAGUUCCCGGGUCGACUGACCACGAUGGAUGGUUUGCAUGUUUGUAGCUUAGCCAGCCCUUCCAGACGGCGAGGACGUAAAGAUGCACGCCUCGGACGUAUUACGGAUUGUAAUAAUUAAAAGUUGCAUCUCUCAA